AUGAACAGAGUGUCUGUUCAGGUGUCUGUGGCGAAGCAGAGUGCAGAUGCAGCAGACUCCAAGUUCAGGAAGGCCACUGAAGACCACCUGAAGGAGAGGGCAUCUCUCAGGAACUCCAUCGACAAGGCGAGCCAGUUGAGCAAGCAGCCGUCGAUGGGGAGCAUCAAGCAGGUCACCACCAAGGGUAGUCUCAAGCGAUCAGCACCUGGCGACUUCUCGGAAGAAGACGACAGCAAAUUGACAGGAGACGGCAGUGCAUUGACUGGAGAUGCCAGCAAGCCAGGAGAUGCCAGCGCGCUUUCAGGAGAUGCCAGCAAACUAGGAGAUGCCAGCGCACUGUCAGGAGAUGCCAGCAAGCCAGGAGACGACAGCGCAUUGACAGGAGAUGCCAGCAAGCCAGGAGACGACAGCGCAUUGACAGGAGAUGCCAGCAAGCCAGGAGAUGACAGCGCAUUGACAGGAGACGACAGCGCAUUGACAGGAGACGACAGCGCAUUGACAGGAGACGACAGCGCAUUGACAGGAGAUGACAGCGCGUUGUCAGGAGAUGACAGCAAACUAACCGAAGAUGACGACGACAGCACCAAGGCCAAAUAG